AAAAAGGGUAACCAUUAUAGGCUAUAGGGGGGGUCUUCUCGCUCUAUUCAGAAUUUCUCCCUUUUGUCACCUCAGUGCUUUACUCUCGAUUUCGCAGCGAUGACCGACGGUCACCUCUUCAAUAACAUCUCUCUCGGCGGCAGAGGAGGCACGAAUCCCGGACAGCUCAAAAUAUAUUCAGGUGGGAUUUUGUGGAAAAAACAAAGCGGUGGUAAAGCUGUUGAUGUUGAUAAAGAUGAUAUUGUGAGUGUCACAUGGAUGAAGGUCCCAAGGACAAGUCAACUUGGUAUUCGAGUCAAAGAUGGGUUGUACUACAAGUUCACUGGAUUCCGAGACCAGGAUGUAACCAGUUUGACUACUUUUUUUCAAAACACAUGUGGAAUAACACCUGAAGAGAAGCAGCUUUCUGUCAGUGGCCGUAACUGGGGAGAGGUCGAUUUAAAUGGAAAUAUGCUCACAUUUAUGGUUGGUCAGAAGCAAGCAUUUGAAGUAUCUUUGGCUGAUGUAUCGCAAACACAACUUCAGGGGAAAAAUGAUGUCAUCUUGGAGUUUCAUGUAGAUGAUACAACAGGAGCUAAUGAGAAAGAUUCUUUGAUGGAAGUAAGUUUUCAUAUUCCUAAUUCCAACACUCAGUUUGUUGGUGAUGAAAACCGCCCCCCUGCCCAAGCCUUCCGUGAAAAAAUUAUGUCAAUGGCGGAUGUGGGUGCUGGAGGCGAAGAAGCCGUAACAACAUUUGAGGGUAUUGCAAUACUUACUCCGAGGGGUCGGUAUACCGUUGAACUUCAUCUCUCGUUCUUGCGUCUCCAAGGGCAGGCAAAUGAUUUCAAAAUUCAGUACAGUAGUGUGGUUCGGCUGUUUUUGCUUCCAAAGUCAAAUCAGCCACAUACUUUUGUUGUUGUUACUCUUGAUCCACCAAUCCGUAAAGGCCAAACUUUGUAUCCACACAUCGUAUUGCAGUUUGAAACAGACACAGUGGUUCAAAGCACCCUGUCGAUAAAUGAAGAUGUAUUAAGUACCAAGUACAAGGACAAGUUAGAACCUGCGUAUAAGGGGCUUAUUCAUGAAGUGUUCACCACGAUACUGCGUGGCUUGUCUGGUGCCAAAGUAACUAAACCAGGAAAGUUUCGUAGCUGCCAAGAUGGUUAUGCAGUUAAGUCAUCAUUGAAAGCUGAAGACGGUGUCCUGUAUCCACUUGAGAAAAGUUUCUUCUUCUUACCCAAGCCGCCAACUCUUAUUCUUUACGAGGAGAUUGAUUAUGUGGAGUUUGAGCGACACGUCGCAGGCGGCUCAAAUAUGCAUUAUUUUGAUCUUCUCGUUAGAUUAAAAACUGAGCAAGAUCAUCUGUUUCGGAACAUCCAAAGGAAUGAAUACAACAAUCUAUUUGAGUUCAUCCGCACAAAGGGUUUGAAAAUUAUGGGAAUAGGUAGUGAGAUUAUCACGGACGGAGUGGCUGCUGUUCUUCAGAAUGAAGAUGAUGAUGCUGUUGAUCCUCAUCUCGAGCGUAUUAAGAUUGAAGCUGGUGGAGACGAAAGUGAUGAAGAGGAUGAAGAUUUUGUUGCUGAAAAGGAUGAUGAAGGCUCACCGACUGAUGAUUCUGGAGAGGAUGAAUCUGAUGCUAGUGAGAGUGCUGCUGUAAAAGAGAAGCCUGCCAAAAGAGAAUCCAAAAGGGAGCCUUCAUCAUCUAAGGCAUCUUCAUCAAAGAAGAAGUCCAAAGACGGAGAUGAAGAUGGUUCAAAGAGGAAAAAACAGAAAAAGAAGAAGGAUAAAAAUGCACCUAAAAAGGCUUUGUCCAGUUACAAUUUCUUUACAAGGGUAGAGACAGAGAAUAUAAAGAAAACUACCCCUGGACUGGGAUUCACGGAUAUCAGUAAAAUAAUUGCAGAAAAGUGGAAAAGAAUGUCAGCGGAGGAAAAGGAACCUUACGAAGGAAAGGCUCGCGUAGAUAAAAAACGAUACAGAGAUGAAAUCAGUGGCUACAAGAAUCCACAACCAAUGGACAUUGACUCGGGGAAUGAGUCUGACAGUGAAUAGACUAAACGAUUAUAAGAGAAGCACAGCACUCUCAAUUUAGGACUUGGCGGAAUUUGGCUGCGCGUAGGUUGUGGAAUAAGAGCAGCUGGUUUACGUUUGUAAUAUUUGAUUUCCCGAGGAUCGUCUCUGUUGGAUAUAAAUUACCUUCAUAUGAAUGUUUUCCCUAUUUUUACUUUUGCCACUAGGGAUAUGCAGUUUACCUCCAUACCA